AUGUAUAGACAAAAUUUAUUUUUUGUCUUUAGUUUAUUAUGUAUUUCAAUAGUUGCACAAGAUAAUAAGAAAAAAACAUGCAUACAGAAUUUAACUAUUAAUGGAACGAAUUUAAUUGCACUUUAUCGAAAACAGUUACUUGUAUUGGGUAUUACAAAUUUUAAUAAUCAAUCAGCUCGAACUCAAGCUAAUAGUUUUUUUACAUUACAAACACUCAAAUUUAAUGAUUUGUAUCGUGAACUUGAACGUGGUGGUAUACGUGAUUUAGUUGUGCGUAUUAUCCUUGUUAAUGAAGCAAAUGCUGCACAUCAAUUAUCUGGAAAUUAUUAUGAUCAAAUUCGUGUAUUUCAAGAUAAUUCAAAAGAUCGUUUAAUUAAAAAACUACGUAAUCAUGGACAAGCAAUAGAUACUUUUGUAUUUGGAAGAUGUGGUUAUCUUGGACUUACUCAAGAACAUCCCAAUUCAAAUCUUUCAGAUGGAAAAAAUUAUCGAGAACUUCUUCAACAUAUUAAAACAACAGUAAAAAAUAAACGACGUUGUCAAAGAUUAUGUAGUUAA